AUGUUUGAUGAGUACCUACUGGAUACAGUGAAAGAGCUUUAUUACUACUCGACGAAACUGACAAACUACUCUUCAAUUUCCAUUAUUUUAACCACUACCGCAAUCAGCAUAACCAACACAGUAGCUAACACCACCAACACAAUCACUAACACCACCAACACAAUCACUAACACCACCAACACAAUCACUAACACCACCAACACAAUCACUAACACCACCAACACAAUCACUAACACCACCAACACAAUCACUAACACCACCAACACAAUCACUAACACCACCAACACAAUCACUAACACCACCAACACAAUCACUAACACCACCAACACAAUCACUAACACCACCAACACAAUCACUAACACCACCAACACAAUCACUAACACCACCAACACAAUCACUAACACCACCAACACAAUCACUAACACCACCAACACAAUCACUAACACCACCAACACAAUCACUAACACCACCAACACAAUCACUAACACCACCAACACAAUCACUAACACCACCAACACAAUCACUAACACCACCAACACAAUCACUAACACCACCAACACAAUCACUAACACCACCAACACAAUCACUAACACCACCAACACAAUCACUAACACCACCAACACAAUCACUAACACCACCAACACCAUUUAUUCCAUUACCACCACUAGCACCAAGAUAACCACCAACACUAUCACUAACAUUAUCACCACCAACACCACCAAUGCCAACACAAUCACCAACACCACCACAAAUAUCACCACCACCACCAACACCACUACCAAUACCACCACCAGCACCAUCACCAACGCAACUAUCCCUUCCUCCAUCAACAUUAUCACCACCAACACUACCACAAAUAUCAUCACCACCACCACCAACGCAACUAUCCCUUCCACCAUCAACACUAUCAUCACCAGCAACCGCCACCACUGCGUCCACCACCACCACCAACACCAUCAUCAACAAUAUUAUUACCAUUAUCACCAUCACCAACACCACCUCCAAAGCCAUCACCGAAUCUCGAUUUUAUAUAUAAGAGUAUGCCAUUUUGUUCCGCGUUAUAAUCUUGAAAACGGAUUCCCGACAUCCACACCGCAGGUACGCCGCUGUGUCUGA